GCCGUCAGGACACACAUCCAUAUCGAAAAAAGAUGGAGACUGACCGACCGACAAAUGGCUGAUAUUUUCAAUCGUGAAGCUAAUCAGAAAUCGUUCAAAAUCAUGCUGAAGCGAAUUGGCGUAUGCAAAAAAUAAAACAAGAAAAAGUUACGCGUGCUGUCUUCUACAGAGGCAGGAAUGAGAGAACGUCUGGCAAAAAUGUGCUGCAAAAUUUACAGAUGUUCCUUUGACCUCCCGCAAAGCGGAGGAAAAGAAUACCAAAAAUGGCAUCAUCGAGAGGCCUAAAACAAAAAAAAAACAGCAUAAUGAGCAGAAGCUGCGGGCGACAGCAGCAAUAGUGAACGAAAAAUAAGACCACCGGAGGGAACAUGCUAAGAAGCAAAACAACAUGGACGCAAAUCAGUAGUCUGCCACACCGUCAUAAGUGGCCGGUGAAAAGCGGGUGCGCCUAGGUACGAUGGAAGUGUACAGACAAUCUGGCAGUACCAAACCGGUUCAAGUUUAGGAACUCGCUUCCUGCCUAAAACAACGAGUAAUCCUUCCGGUUACCUAAAUAUGCUAAAGGGCUCUCAGUAGUCCGUUUAAAUAGAUUACGUUAAUGGAGAAGAGUAGAAUUCCAAAACUAAUUGACACCCGGACCAUCCGCAUGAUUGAACAAAUUCUUCUGUACGCUCAUGGUUUAAAAAGCCUUAAUAAAACUAAUGUGUCCAUUAGAUCCGGCCUGAACGCCAAACAGUGAGCCCAAAUUAUGCAAGCAAUCGGAUCAACCCGGUACGAACGAAAAGAAAACAAAAAUCAAGGUUUAAAAGUUUUCAAUACUUUUGAAAGCAUCAAUGUCGAUGAAUCUCCAAGCGAAUAGGACUCCGAUACCAAAGAACCCUCGAUGGAUGAUGGUAAGGAAAUCUCUGGGAGCGGUAAAAAGAAGUGCGAAAUAGAGGAGUGCAGGAAACUUUGUCAGAGUGAAAACAACAACAAAAAAACGCAAACAUAGGCUGAAAAGAGCGAUAGAUGGAACGACUACACGAGUCUCUCUGUGCCUGGUGUUGCGAGGGGACUGACUGCACGAACACAUCGAAAGUCAGCAGCGGUUUACGGUACGUGACUGAGUGGAAGUAGUGCCAUUCAAUGAUCUGUCCCGAAACGAUUUUUUUGCCCAACAAAGCGAUAGACUUUUGUUUUCUCUGGCAUAAAAAUAUAGAACGAACUGUCCGUGCCAAUGAGAAUCGGUUGGAUUCGGAGAAACGGCGCCACGUUUGUACGAACCUGUCCAGAGGUUUGCGGCGGCAGCGUCCGAAUUCUUAUUUUUUUGAAGUAUGUAUACGAUUCAGUCUAAACAGAAGCAGCAAACUCAACAGCACUAUGUAGCGUCUGGUGGCAGGGUUAGGGUAACUAAUAUGGAAAUAAACCAAAAGACUGGCGACUCGUAUGGACUGAACGGUGGCAGCGGCGGCAGUAGUAGAACCAGCUGUGCAAGCGGAAGUACAAAUCGAACGAUAGUCUAUGGCGUUGGUAGCAACGUCAGCAGAAACAAUGCUGGUGGCAGUAGGAAUCCCUCGAUUGGUAGUGGUAGCGAGAUGUCCAGCGAGGAUUACGAGGAGGUAAAACCGGACAUCAAGGUCAGUUCGCAUCUGCUCGAUCAUGGGUACGGAUUCGGUGUAACACCGCAGUACCAUUCGCCGCAGCAGAGCCAUCAUCACCAUAGCAGUAGUAGUACUAGUAGCAAUAGUCAUCAUAACAGUAGUCAACAUAGUGGAUAUCACCAUCAUCACAGUCCUUCGGCGUCUACCUCUGCGUCGCCAGUACCGGCGACUGAAUCGGCGCAUUACCACCAUGCAAAGCCAACGACGCCCGUUCGAACGGGGCUGCCACAACAGCACAAAAGUGCCAGCGGAGAUCCGCAAAUUACGAACUACUUCAAGGCGGUGAAACGUCGGCCCCAGACCAGCCUGUCGCCAACUCCGGCCAAAAUCGCCAAACAAUCCAGAAGUAAAACGCCCAGUUCUACGUGCUCUACGCCCACGUCGUCCGUAUCGUCCUCCUCGUCGAAGAAACGGUAUUCGGAGGGAACCAGGUACGACACAUCUCUCGGCCUGCUCACGAAAAAGUUUAUCGACCUGCUCAAGGAAUCGGCCGACGGUGUGGUCGACCUAAACAUUGCCUCCACCAAGCUGAACGUACAAAAGCGUCGUAUCUACGACAUCACCAAUGUGCUCGAGGGGAUCGGCAUUCUGGAGAAGAAAUCCAAGAACAACAUUCAGUGGAAGUUGGGCAACUCGCUGUGCAAUAUCGAGAAGAACAACCGGAUACAGCGCGAUCGGUACCUGCAGGAGCAGAAGGAGAACAUGCUGGACCGGAUGAUUGUCGAGAUGCGCAAAACUACGGGUGAUGAUAUGCAGACGGCUAAACAUGCGUACGUCACCUGUCAGGAUCUCAACUCGAUAGACAUGUUCAAGGAGCAGAUCAUUGUGGUGAUCAAGGCCCCACCGGAGGCGAAAUUGGUGCUACCCGAUGUGCAACAGCCACGGGAAAUUUUCCUCAAAUCCGAGAAGGGUGAAAUUGACGUAUUCCUGUGUCCGGAAUCUUCCGAAGGAUCACCCGACGGUGGGUUUGGAGGUGCUGGUAGCAGUAGUGGAGGCUUUGUUGGUGGUAGCAGCAAAACGGGAGGAGGAUACGGUAGCAGCAGGUCUGGGCCUGAUCCUCUUCUCGAAGAUAUUGAUCCACUGUUAUCACCGUUUAGUGGAAAGUUAUUCAGUCCUAAAUUUAAGCUAAAAGGAAGCUUCAUGAAAACAUUCAGCUCGGCACAACGAAACCUCAACAAAGCGCUAUUUGGAAGCCCUGCUGUUGAGGUUAAGGCCGAACCCGCCUCAACCAUGUUAGAUACGAUCUCUACCGGCAAAACAACCAGCGUUCCCGUUCCAGUCAUCUCACCUCUGUCGAUCCACAUACAAAAAGAGUUGGAUCUUCUAAGCGGAAAUGGUGCCUGCAGUGAAUCCCCGGUGAAAACUUCCACUGAUAACAUGUACUUCACCUCUAGUUCAAUCAAGAAGGAACGGUUAGAUCCGGACUAUUCGGAGGCUAGUACCACCACCGCCACCACCAGUGGCAAAUUUCUCCCGGUGGAAAUUACGAAUAAAAAUGCAUCUUUGAACGAUAGCAAAAUGAGCCCGGAGACACUUUUACCGCAAGGCCAGCUGGACUCGGGAGAGGCGUCACUGAAGGGACUGAGUGCAAAGUCGACGCCGGUUAAUGUGCGAGAGCGGAACGCCAUGAUGGCUGAGUUUGGCAACUGCAGUCCCUUCAAUUUACCGUACUUAGAAGUGCCAGAGAUGGACUCAUUCCUGCCGCUGGAACCGUUAGACAACGACUACAACUUCUCCCUGGAUCACACGGAGGGCGUGUUCGAUUUGUUCGAUUUUAACUUUUAGGUCCAAUUUUAUUUCUAUUAGUUCGUAUUGCUACUAGUACUAAAUACUGCACACACCCACUGACCACCACCAAAAGGAUGUGGAUGGUGAGAGGACACGGAGUUUGUACAUUGUAUUCCAGCUAUCGAGCCCGAGUUGCCAGCCUUACGAUAAGAAAAAUGAGAGAAAAAAGUUUGAUGAAUACAAGGAAAGAAAGUUUUACAAAGUUUGAAUUGCAAAGCUAACUUUAAAGUUUUUGCGUUGUUUUUACCACGCAUAAUGUGCUGGCAAAUGCGACACCAACGGUGGCCAGGGGCAGCCCUAGCAAACAGCAUCUCAGUGUUUAGGAGAAUAUUCGAUUGAAAGUAAAUCGAGAAACGGUAACAAUAAGAUUGUUUUAACAUUGCUAUCUAUUGGUAUUUAGUUGUAUUUUUUUGUAUAUAUUACUAUGUAAAUUAUUUAACAAAAAGGAUAAAGUAAAGAAACGUAAAAAAAGAAAGCAGAAGUUGUAGAAGAAAACCUUGCUGAGGGCGGCCGAAUUUAUCUCGAGAGAUUCUAUAGUGACCUGACCAUGCUUCUCCUUAUUGAAACUGAUCCUUCAUAUGAAUUACAAGUCAAUGCACUUAUGAUUAAACAAAGGGGAAGUUUUCGCAAAACCGAAUCGGUGGUGUGAACUGAUUUACGUCUGUGAAUCGAUCUAAUGCGCUAUUUUAUGCUCCAAUACACAGUACAGUAUGUCGCCGUAGUAAACUACUACAUAAUAAAAAAAAAGCUGAAGUGCAUUAGAACUCUCCGCCGAAGGUCACAUGGAAAUAACAUAUUUAUGACACUUAGCAACAAAAUAAACCGUAAGACAACAAUCUAGUAACACAAGUACAGUCGUACUACAUGCACACGAAACAAAUAGUUAUGAUCAGAGGAUGCAAACGAUUCUCUAGAUUUUAAGCAGAAAUUCUUAAUUUAUACAUAUAUUUUUAAUAGGGAUAUCUAAAAAUGAAACAACACAAAAACUAAACAAGUAAAACAAACGGAACAAAAACAUUCAACAGGAAUGAAGCAAAACCAGCGAUUGGUAGCCGAUAGAAUAGUGCAAAAACGGAGUUUUUGGGAAUGUAAGCAAAUUAUACGGAUUAUUAAUUCUUAUUUAUUGAUUUUUUCCGAAGCGAUCGUGUUUCGCCUGUUCAGAGAAAAAAACUGAAAUACGCUUGUUAGUUUUCACCGUUGCCAAUUGAUUUAUUAUUAUGGAGAGAUAAGAGUACAGAGAAACUCAAAACUACGGUUAUAUUAAAUGAUAUAUUUUCAACAGCAAAUUAAACUUGGUCACGACUCAUUUCAAUCGGUUUUUGGUCAGCCAAGCAAAAUAUUCGCAGUUCGUUGUUUUAGUAUGUCGCUCAUAUAUCGUCGUAAGGUUUUUCCGGGGAAUGCCAUUUGCAAUUAUUCCAUUUUUUACCGACAAAGCAUAUUCUUUUUUGUUGAUUUAGUUAAUGUAAAAGAAGCGGGAGAUGAAAAUAGUAUGAUUAUUUUUCCAGCUGAUGAGAGAUAAGGACAAUACAUGAUUUCUUUUGUUUGUUUUAGUUUUUAUGCGUAUAUCGUUUAUCUGCGUUAGUUGGAGGUGUUUUCUCAUUUGCUGAUUGCUGAUCAUUAAUACUCGGAAGUGAACGCUGGUAGAACGUUGUAUAUAUCAAAGAGAGUGAUGAAAGCCAUGCAGAUGUGGAAUUUUGUUAGUUUCCGAGGAAAAAGAGAUAAAUUAUCACAGUUAACGUACUUUCCAUACACAGACGUGGACCUGCGAAGGCUAGCAUUUUUUUUGUGUAUCACUCGUGAGCAACAAUAACAAACGGAGAAAGGAAGAGAAAAUCAACAAAUAGAAAACAGUGGAAAAAUAGUAA